GCGGUGGUGAACUUGGGGUUGCACAGACUGGCUGCGAAGGCGCAACUGUUGGAGCUUGUGGACAAGCAUGCUGCGUUGCAUGGUGAUGAGGGUGAGAAGGUGGAGGGGAGUGGCGAAUCGGAGGUUCGUCAGCAGAUUGUCGACAUCUCGACCAACACCAACGUGAUUUCACCCUUCACCUGCUUCGUCUGUGUCGACCCGGACAAAAUAGUAGCAGUAGUGGUCGUAGUAGUGGUAGUGGUAGUGGUUGUUGUAGUAAUUGUAGUGGCUGCGGUGGUAGUAAAAGUAUCAGUGGCGGUGGUAGCGGUGGACGAUGGUCGCGCUCUGUUCCUUACAGUGGACGAAUGUGAUGCAGGUUAG